ACUCUGGUCACGUGGUAUGACCGAGUAGGACGGCCAUCUUCCCUAAAACACAAACAACAAGAGCGUACUAGACAUCAACACGCAACGACCAUUGGAGAGGGAGAGAGAGCAAAAAACUGUAAAAACGGAACACGAUUUUCGAGGAGGAGCACAGAACACAAACUGCACAUGCAUCCAAAGUGAAGAUCGUAGAGUUUGACGGGGCGACUGGACAGUAAAAUCGCAACAGCUCCAGAAAUACGAUAAAGGAGAGAGAGGGAUUGUCGGCGUGAGGACGGGGACACCAGCUGGGACCUGGUCCACACAGCAUUGCUAGUACAACAGAAAGAGUUCGAAAAUCACACACAAAUAGAGAAAGAGAGAAGUUAUUGGGGUCAUAACUGCUUCUGGCAGCUGUAUUAUCAACAAGUUAGUCUCUUUUUUUGGUCUGUUCGUCUAUUUUGUUUGUUUCUUGUAGUCGAUCGACUUUAGACAUCAGUAUCAAAGCUCUGCAGUUUUUGCAAUCCAACAGGUAUUACUCAUUUUAGGCGGGCUUGAUUUAUUUUUGUUUGUUUUUAUUUGUUUGUUUUCAUCGGCUGUGAACAAGAGAGCUCUUACCGUGUCUGACCUUUUGUAUUUCUGCGCUCCUGCACACACACCCUGAAUAAGGCAGCUAUAACCCUACUCUCUCUUAAGUUGGCUACUUUGAAGCAUACACACACACACACACACACACACCUUUCAGCCCUCUCACCCAGACCUGGUCCAGCCUAGUCUUGCCUGCGCCACUCCCCUGGACAGGACUUUCACCUCUGAGAAGGAAGGAAGAAUAUGACUGCUGAAACACUUAACUUUGGCCCAGAAUGGCUCCGUGCACUUUCCAGUGGAGGCAGUGUGUCUUCCCCUCCUGCCUCUCCUGCUAUGCCAAAGUACAAGUUGGCCGAAUACCGUUAUGGCCGGGAGGAGAUGCUAGCACUUUAUGUCCAGGACCACAAGGUCCCUGAAGAAAUGCAGGAUAAGGAGUUUGCUGCUAUUCUGCAGGAUGAGCCUCAACAGCCACUGGCACUGUUGCCUCUCACUGAAGAGGAGCAGAGGAACUUCUCCAUGUCUGUCAACAGUGUGGCUGUGCUGAGGCUUAUGGGUAAGGGGGGUGGGGCCGUCCCGGCUGGAGUGAACCGAGGUAGAGGCAGCGUGAGAGGCGGUCGAGGUCGAGGAAGAGGAGGAGAGAUCGGAUUCUACCAAAGAAGCAGUGAGGAAGGAGAGGGCGGUUUUGGUCGUGGUGUUCGAGAGAUCCAUCGCAGUCAGAGCUGGGAUGACAGAAGUGAGAGACGUUUUGAGAAACCUCCGCGGAGAGAAGGUGUGCGCCUUGGUUUCGAGGAGGGGGGUCCGGGUGGCAGAAAGGAGUUAAUGCGCUCUGAUAGUGACAACUGGCGCAUGCUGAGAGAGGAACAGGAGGAGGAGGAGGACACAGGAGAGACUGGUAGCAGCUGGAGACUCACCGGUUCACGAAGAGAUGAUGGUGGUCCUCGCCCAGCUGGUUGGCGGGAACACUCUGGUCCAGGUGAAGUUCGCCGCAGGAAGUUUGACUUCGACUUCCGGGAUGGAGGGAAUGAGGGAGGCAGAAGGAGAGCAGGCAGCGAAGGAGCAGAGGAUGAGAGAGAUGGUCUGCCAGAGUGGUGCACAGAUGAGGAAGAUGGAGAAAUGGGAACCUUUGAUUCUUCUGGAGCGUUUAUGUCUAUUAAGAAGGGCCCGACAGACCCCAUUCCAGAAGAGGAGUUUGAGUUCCAGAGUUUGGAGGAUGAGGAAGAGGACGGUGCUUAUCAAGAGAAGAAAAACGGCUCUGGUGCUGAAAAAAGUGAGAAAGAUGUCACUGACUCUGCUGCAGUGUCUGAAACUGAAGUGAAACCGGUUUCUCCUCCCCCUUCUCCUCCGCUCCCUCCAACUCUUCCUACUCCUGUCGCUGAGGCUGUGCCCUCUGCUGCCCCCUCUGGCCUGGAGGAGUCUCAGCCUGCUCCCUCCAUUCCCAACAAACUACCAAGUGAAGUGUUAUCAGAGGCCAUGUUAGAUUUGAGCCCCAGUGCCUCCUCCAGUCUGCCUUCAUCGCCUCCCUCUUUGUCCUCUGCUGCUACUGACCUCCCACCACCGGGGGGUGAUAUUGAGGAUGAUGAGGGCAUGAAGCACCUGCAACAGGAGGCAGAGAAGAUGGUGGCAGCGCUCCAGGACACAUCUCUAGAGGAAGAGUGUUUCACCCAGACUCUUCAGGAUAGCAGAAACACAGCCUCUGCUCUUCCUCUCUCUCAUGACUCUGCCAUGAAAUGGUUUUACAAAGACCCGCAAGGAGAGAUUCAGGGUCCUUUCAAUACAGUGGAGAUGUGUGAAUGGUUUCAGGCGGGGUAUUUCGCGAUGAACCUGCUUGUUAAACGUGGUUGUGAUGAGGGAUUUCAGCCACUGGGGGAAGUCAUUAAGAUGUGGGGGCGUGUGCCUUUCGCCCCUGGCCCCUCCCCUCCGCCCCUCCUGGUGAGGAAUCAAGCCCACCUUCGCCCUCACCCACCCCAGGGGGCAAUCGGUAAUAUGGAUCAGGAGCGGCUGAAGAAACAGCAGGAAUUAGCUGCUGCCACGGCUCUUUACCAGCAACUCCAGCAACAGCAGCUGUUCCAGCUCAUCAACAGGUGUGGAGAGCAGGGUAUGAUGCCUUCGUUAAACAGGUCGAUGUCAGUGCCAGAUACAGGGUCCAUGUGGGACAUGCAUACCUCAGCCUCACAGCCAGCAGGCGGUGAGGCCAGUCUAUGGGACUUAAUGAAUUCUUCAACUCAGGGUCCAAUUCUAGAACAGCUUCAGAAGCUACAUGAGAGAAGAGAAGCUGAACUCAGGGCCAAGCGUGAGGACGAGGAAAGAAAACGGAGGGAUGAAAAAAGGCGAGAAGAGCAGAAAAGGAGAGAGGAGGAGGAGAUUUACAGGCGCAAACAGCAGCAGGAUUUGCUGAUGAAGUUGCUCCAGCAGACUCCACGUCAGGGUUCCUCAGGCUCCGGGUCGAGCUGGAGCGGAGGACCCAUCCCUGGGCUGGGAAAGCAGACCAAGCCCCUCAACCUCCUGGACAUCCAGCAGGAGGCUGAAAGAAUGCACAAACAACAGCACAGAGUCCAGCAGCAGCAGAGGUGGGGUGAUGCCUCUUCGUUAUGGGGAGCAGCUGGAUCUUUGGAUGGAAAGGUGGGUGGAGGUGGCAGCCCUUCUGGAGGAGGGAUGGGAGUCUGGGACGAGGCCCUCAAGAACCAGAGUGCACUUCGCAACAACAUGGGGCUGAAGAACAGCCGGAGCAGUCCAUCACUGAGUGAGCAGUACAUGAUGAGAGGCCGUAAACGCACUGAGGAAGAGGAGCGGCUGUUGAAACUCCUGCAGGGGAUGAAGUCUCAGGACGGCUUCACCACCUGGUGUGAACAGAUGCUGCAUGCGCUCAACACCUCCGCCAAUAACUGCUCCUCUUCCCAGGAUGUGCCUACUAUUGUGGCGUACCUGAAGGAGGUGGAGUCCCCGUAUGAGGUGUUGAACAUUAUCUGCUCCUACCUGGGCGACACUGUUGAAGCCAAAGAGUUUGCCAGACAGUUCCUGGAGCGCCGUGCCAAACAGAAAGCUAACCACCAGAGACAGCAGCAGCAGCUCUCCAAAGAGAUGGCUGGACUUAGCAUGAACAACUUCCCUCUGCAGGAGACUGUACGAGGAAUGAACCCCAGUGCCCUGCAGUCUAUGUUCCAGGCAGUGCAUUCUGGGAAGGGGGGUGUGGUCUAUGAUCAGGCAGCAAAGCUGAAGAAGAAACAGCCCACGAUGCUGCACUCUGACCCAAGCAUCUUAGGGUACUCAUUCCAUGGUGGCCCUGAUCGGUAUAGUCUAAACGAGAUGGAGAUGGUCGAGGAUUACUGAAUACACAGCAAUAGCUACACGAGGCCUUUAAACCCGCGGGUCCACCUAAUCAGACUCCGCAAGUCGAAUGUGCACUGCUUUGAGGGAGAGGGGUUUGGGGAUAAGCCAGGAGUAAGGUAUCGGUUUUGGGGUGGGUGGGUUUUGCGCUGGGAAUAGAAGAAUGUAAUUCAACAGGGAAGGGAAUUUAUUUUUGUGUGUGUGUUUUCAGGGGACGGGGGGGUGAAAAAGUUCUGGCACUUACAGCAUUAAGCACCUUACACUCAGACUAAUGCACUUUAUUAAGAUUUUUUUUCUUCUUUGUUCUUUUUCGAGAAGAUUUGCUUGUAUAUUUAUGUGGUAUGCUUCAGAAAUAUUACCAUAUAUAUAUAGUGUGUGUGUGUGUGUGUGUGUUGAAUCAGAACUGGAGUUUGUGCUGGGAGGAAAUUGUGGCGAUUGGGGGACCAUUGCGUGUUUUAGUUCAGACAUUAUCAGAAAAACAAAUCCUCUCUUUAAAGACAAACACUGUUGUUUUUUUAUAUACAUAUAUAUAAAGUUUCUAUUAAAAAACGUAAAGCUAUUAUAAAAAAACUUUGAUUAUAAAACUUGAAGAUUUGCACUCACAUAAAAUGCAAGUUAAAAAGAUAAAAAAAAAUGUUAGAUGUAAUAGAUGAAUAUUUUUGUGAUUGUGUGCCUGUGUGUGUGUAUGUCUAUGCACGCAUGUUUGUUCAAGAAUGAGAGUGUGUGUGCGUGUGUGUUUAAAACAUACCAGUCUGCACAAUGUAUUUUUUUUAAUCGCUUACUUAGACGUAUGAUCAAAAGAGGCCAUUUCGUCAUUCAGAGUGAUUUUUUUUUUAUUGUAUGAACUGAAUGUGUGAAUGUGAAUGCUUGUGUACAGGAGGAACUGUGUGUAUUACUCCUCUUGUAAAUGUGCAGUAUGUGAGCGAACGAAUGAAUGAAUGAAUGAAAGACAGAGAGAGGGGGGCAACGGCACAACACAUCCUCUUUCACCAGCCCUUCAAUUCCCCAACAAAGAAUGACCUCUAGAUUCAAACACAAAAGCUUUAGCCCAUUUUACGCCAACCAGCACUCUUAGUUUUCAUGGUAGGGAGUGCAGGAGACAUCUUUUCCUGCCUCCACUGCCUCAUCUUUGCCUCUGUGAGGUUUAAGAACAUGUCAUUAGCGUCAUUGUUUUGUUUGUGUGUUGUUGAAGAGCGCAAUCUUGUAUACCUUUAGGAAAUGGUUACUUGUGGUACGUGUGUUGCGAGUGUGUUUUUUUUCUGUCCCCACGUGUGCCUAAGAACUAAAGGGCGAAUGAUUAGAUUUCAUUGCUGCCAUUGAGACAUUAUUUUUUUAGCAAAGGGGCGUGGUUUCCUUUGGAAGGCUCCGCCCCCCACAUGCCUCUCAUGCUUAUUAAACAAGAGCCUAUCUCUGUACAGUUCUAUUGUAGCUUGGGGAUGUGUGGAUGAAAGAAAUGUUUGAUAUUUGGUGGAUGUGACCUAACAUUGCCUUUCUGUCCACUCUCUUGCUCUGGAGUGACUGAGGUUUUGACUAUUUCUGGUUUAAAAAAAAAAAUAUGAUCGCAACAAACUGUGCAAGUGCACUCAGCAGUGCACAAAAUGUCUGUAUAUUUUGUUACUUGUUCAUUGUUGUUGUCAACGACAAUGAUGGUGAUUUAUUUUUUUCUUUUAAUGUUAUAUAUGAUUAUAUAUGAAUCUAUGAAUAUAAACAAAGUAUUGGACUACAAAGGAAGAGCACUUGGGGCUGCUACUUUUUUUUGUUCGUUUUGAAAAAUUUUCCUUGGAUUUUUUUUUAGUUGCCACCAUGUGAAGUGCAUUUGUGUACUUUUUUCUUUCCUUCUUAAAAAAAAAAA